UUCCCGUACAUUGGAUUAUCGAAUACAUGGAACACCUGGGUGGCCUGAAAUCGAUGAGAACCAGAACGUGUACUUGUUCUGCCGAGAGGCAGAUUGCUCGACUAUCCUUCAGCGACGUCCAAGAGCUCGAGUUAACUGAAGUUGGUCUACUCAGGCUCCGAAGCAGUCGCAAAAGGAACUCAAACUUUCAGCCUGAUUUCGGAGGAAAUCGGAACAGAUUUGUAUGAGAUGUUUAUGCGUUGCACUCAUCUUGGUUGUACCCGGCUUGCAGUAGUGUGCGAAGAUCGGAUGAGAACUGAAAACUGCCUCUCAGAUCUUUCUGCUAGGGACCGGUCGUUCACCCUUUGCCAUGCCAGCUGGGAUCGGAAUGACGAGCGUGAGAAGAUGCCGCGCUUAGAAGGCUGAUUAUCUUAGUCUACUGGGCUGAAACUGCGCUCAUGUGCAGGGAUGCGUCGAAAGAUUGGAAGACUCCGACGGCCAACCACACGGACGUGACGAAACUAGAGACAUAGAUUACCUAUGUGUGACGUCGAUCUUAUGGUCGGCUUGUCCCCCACAGAUCUCUUUCCUCGACCACCAUGAACUCCUUCAAGAACCACCGCAUUAUCGUGGCCUCCUUGUUUCUCCCGUCGACCGUCGUAGUAGGCUCCGAGUCGCCUAUCGCGACACCCGAAAAGAAGCCGCCGCCGUUUUCGGUCCCCGACGUCCUUCAGCGUGUCGAAUCGGUGACCCAAGCUCCGGCCCGUCCCGGCCUACGUCCCUUGCCCACAAGGAGCAUCGUCGAUGACCUGAUCAAUGUGAAGUCCCGCAAUCCUACACCGGCUGCGACCCCGGGUCAGGAGAACCUGAACCCAUUCAUGAAACUCAAUGGCAAUCACCAUCCUUUGGCGACGCCGCUUGCUCGAAAACACCAGACCACCCAUAGCAGCGAGGGCCGACCACGACUGCAGCGGAAAGGCAGCGCCUCACGGUCGUCAUCCCGCCGGCCCGAACCGGAGCGCAAGCGCAGCCUUCGCGACGAAUGGCACAUCGAGAACAACCCACACUGCAAUGGGGGUCUGAAAAACGCCAUUCUCAGCAUGGGUGAUAAGCUGAAGGAGACCCUGUGGGUGGGAACCAUCGGCGCUCAUACCGACUCUAUCACGGAGCCGCUUCGCAACGCCAUUGACCAGCGCAUGCGCGCUGAGAAGUCGUGCUAUCCUGUAUGGAUCCCCGACAUGGAGUUUGAGAAGUGCUACGAUGAGUUUUGUCAUCAGGUAUUGUGGCCCAGCCUCCACUACGCUAUCCCCGACGCGCCGAAAACCAAAACCUUCUACGAAUCCGCUUCGUUCAAUCAAUAUGUUGCCGUCAACCAGCGAUUUGCGGAUGCUAUCGGAGAAGCCUACCAGGAAGGAGAUAUCAUCUGGGUUAACGACUAUCAUUUGAUGCUUCUCCCCGCUCUUCUGAGAGCUUGCCCGAAGAUCCCAUCUCACGCGCCGAUCGGUUUUUUCAUGCAUGUCGCGUUCCCCUCGUCCGAAAUCUUCCGCUGCUUUUCCGUGCGGAGGGAACUGCUCGAUGGUGUUCUCGCAGCGGACUUGAUCGGUUUCCAAACAGCAAAUCAUGCUCGCCACUUCCGUCAGACUGUCAGCCGGAUCAUGGCGUACGAGGCACUGCCACGGGGUAUCCAGAUCUACCAAGGGCAAGGACGGGACCGUUGUUCUCGUUUUGUGAACAUUGGUGUGUUUCCCAUGGGAAUUGAUGUCCAGCAGCUGCGAGAGAAGAAACGCGAUCCUGAUGUCGCUGAAUGGGUUCAAGUCCUGAAGCAACGUUACGCAGGAAUGAAGAUCGUUGUCGGACGGGACAAACUGGAUGAGAUCCAGGGUGUGCGUCACAAAUUGCUAGCGUUUCAGUGGUUCCUGGAGAAAUACCCCGAGUUCCACGGAAAAGUCGUCCUCAUCCAAGUGGCGCUGCAGACUACCGUGACCGAUCUGGCUGGAAACAUUGCAGAUGUCGUGACGCACAUCAACUCGCGAUUCUCGACCCUCACAUGGCAGCCAGUAGUGUUCUUGCCGACGCAGGACCUUACAUUCAGCCAAUAUCUGGCUCUGCUUUCCGUGGCGGAUGCGUUCAUCGUGACGAGCUUGCGUGAGGGAAUGGCACUGCGGACCCACGAAUUCGUCGAAUGCCAGGAGGAAAGGCAUCGGCCGCUCAUCCUGAGUGAGUUCACUGGCUCGUACAGCUAUAGUGGAUUCCGUUCUUGCAUCGCGAUCAACCCGUGGGAUACUCGCGGAACGGCCGCGGCGAUCCACCAAGCGCUGACCAUGUCUGACGACGAAGCCUUGUCCCGCUGGGAGGAUCUGCACAAUCAUGUGACGACCCAGACGAGCCAAGCGUUCGUGACAUCCUUCCUCUCGCGGUGCCUUCGGUCGCAUACGGAACAACAUCUGCAAGCGCAUUCCUCGCCGCCGCUGGACAUGUCGCGACUGCUUCCCAAAUACAAACACUCCUCGAAGCGUCUGCUCCUGAUCGACCUGGAGGGGACCCUCUGGAACCGUCCCAAACCGAAAGUGGGCGGCUAUGCCCCCGCCGAUUUGGACAGCAGAGACGAUGUGAGCAUGGAACUGGCUGUGGAGUUGCUCAAGCAGCUUUCUUCGGACCGACGUAACGACGUGUGGCUGCUGAGUGGACUGCCGGCCUCUGGUGUGCUCACUCGCCUCGCGAAAGACGUUCCCCGAGUCGGCAUUGUGGCCGAGAAUGGAUGUUUCAUUCGCCCGAAGAUCAACCACCGUGCCUCGACUGGUAUGACUCUCAACAACAAACUGAAUGGCUUCACCAAACGGCGAAGCGGCUCGGAUCUUGACCCGGUCAAUACGACAGCGAAUCUUCCCGGAGGCUGGAUCAGCAUGGUUUCGACGUUCAACUUGGGCUGGAAGAGCUCUUGCAUUGAGAUUCUGAACUACUUCACUGAGCGAACACCGGGAUCGUUCGUCGAAGAGCGCAUGGCAUCGAUUGUCUGGCGCUUCUGGACGGGUGAAACAUUGGAAGACUGCGGGGAUCGUCAAUGGGCGCUUCGGCAAGCCGCUGAAGCUCAGAACCACAUCUUUGACAGUCUCGGCGAACGUUACGGGCUGAGAAUCAUCCCCGGCGACAACAGCUUCCUUGUUCUUCCGAAUAAUGUAUCGCGCUCAACCGCUGUGGGGGCCAUUCUCCACCCCGGUGGACCCACGUCGGCUAUCGGUCAGCAGCGAGGCUGGCCCACCGGCGGACAAUUUGGCUCGGACGAUGAUGCCAUCGCCCAGGGUGAUCUGGAUCUCCUCCUCGCUAUCACUGGCGACGAGCAUCUCAUUCGCCGGUUGAAUGAGUUUGAUGUGGCUGAGACGGUGGCGACUGGUGGCAAAGCGGCAACCGAUGCACGAUGGACGCUGGGCUCGAACGUCGUCGAGACGCUGUCUGUGCUGGCCAAUAUUUCAUCGUGAGGCUUUUUCGUCUUCUAUCCUUCGAUCGCUGUUCGUGGGCGGUUAGAUGACAGUUCGCCAACCACGUGCUAUUUUUGCUUUUAGUUAUCGUUAUUCUGUCUGCUAGCAAGUCGGCCCAGGGAGCAAGAACGACACAACAAGAACAAUAGUUGGAGAAUAUGAGCUCGAAUAGAUGUAUACAAAGAUUUGGAUGUAGUACUAGAGUUAUCGAUCGACCAUCUUCGUCUAUUUAAGCGGAGCGAGUCCUGCGGAGCGCACGGGGAAGGGGAGCCGUAGUAAGCAGAGGGGGUUAGCAUGCUGCGGAUGCUCGCCACGCGCGCAAUCGGACGGCUGCGAAGCAGAAUUGCAGUUCGUCCCUGAUUUUGACCAAUUUCAUGGGUACGUAUCAGAUUGUAUUCAUCUGAAAGGCCUUCACAGCCCGCCUAGCUCAAUCGGAUA